UUGAUUUAAUGGCAGAAAAUAAUUAAUUUCUUGUCUAGGCAAUGUCUUUGGCUUAGUAUGCCAGUGUAAGUUAGAAACCGUAAAUGAUUCACUCCAUUGUCAUGAUUUUCAUGCUCUAGGUACUUACGACUCUCGUUUGGUCACAAGUCGCAACUUCUUUAGUAAAGAUUUAGUUUUCGCAUAACGCUCGGGUGUCAUUGUCGCAUUGCAAGAUGCAAGAACGUGCAAGCGUACAACCGGCAAAAGUAUCAAAAUUCGCCUUGGAUUUUGAUGAUUCUAAUUCGGAAACUGCUACGACUAAAUUUGUGAUUGUAGUGACAAUUUUAGGAAUAAUUUUUUUCAUCGUUUUAUAUUUAAUCAUUAUUCUUAAAAGUGAUAAUCAUGAGAAUGGAGAAGUUAAAAUCUUAAAACCAAAUGAAAAUCAGACAACAAAUGAAAUAAUUAAUAAUUUCACUAAAAAUAACACCGAAAUUAAAGAGGAAAAUGCGAGAGCAGAAAAAUUAACAUCACCUGUUGGCAAAUAUCCACCGAGACCAUUUAUAAAUAAUUUUCGUGGUCCAUCGCCCGCUAGUUUUCAUCCGACGAGACCAAGACCAACUGGAGUUACGUAUGCACAAUUACAAAACUACAAUUUCGGGUCACAAGUACGCACACCUCAUAAUAUACAAGACAUAAUUGGAUUUAUAGUACCCAGCGAUAAGAAAAAACACUCGCACUACAUGAAUACAAAUUCGCAUGAUCCAUUUUACCCAUACAAACCGAAAGAUCCAAGUGAUAUUAAUCUGCUAGCGACAGCUAAUUUGAGAUUUGCACCGCCUAUCUGGAAAGAAAUUAAUACCAACCCGGCGCCUUCGUCAUCAUCAAUACACCCACAAGAAUCACCCAUUUACGAACCUCAAGCGACUAAAAACUCAAAAGCAUUAACCUUGACACUGAACGUAUUCCCAAUGGCUAACGAUCCAAGAAGAGAACACUUUUACGCCGUCUCCAAUAAUAUGAUGCCCAACAAUAUGGUUAAUAAACAAAUGCAACGGAAAAUGAUAAUCCACUUAAAUCUUUUUCAAAACGAGUUGUUAAAUCGUGGAGAAGAAGUUGCUGAUGAAGACUACGAAAUUGAGAGGAAUCUGAUCGAAAGAAGUAUGCAUGGCCUUCAACAAGUACUCAACAAGAAUAUAAAACAUUAAUCAAAGUUUUAAGGAGUAAUUUUGAACAUGGUGAUAUUAUUUGACACAUGGUUUAAUUUCACACCUUUGUACACCUGUUCUCCUUUUGUGAGCAUCAAAAUGUAGCGCAUAUUUGAAGUGUAUCUAAUUGUUGAGUAACAUCUCACACAAUUGAUCAUCAGACUGCGACUUCUGACAAUUAUCUCUGAAAAUUACAAGACUGCAACUCUAGCACGAGCUCAAUUAUUAAUUUCAAGUAAAAGUUUAAGUAAAGAUGCAUUCGUAUUAAAUUUCUACAAAUAGACCACUUGAUUUAUAAUAUGCCUUUGUCAUUAUAAUGAUAACAAUAAAAUGUUGUUUAGAAACCGUGAAUUUAUUAAGUAUGUAGAUAUAUGAAAUGGCAAAUAUUAUCUUAUUAUGUUUGUGAUUGUGGCAAUAAAUCAUAGCUGACUGAGGCUUCUUAUAUAAACAUAA